AAACGAGUAUUGCUAUAUGGACCAGAAGCAUGCGCACUAAAGAAAACGGAAGGAGACGAUGGAGUAUGCUUGAUGCGUAGAGAUCGAUGCAUCCAGGCCUGUUGGUUAUCAGCCCGAAAAUUGCUCUUCACGACUCCAGUUAUGCUUGCCGAACCUUCUCAGACCGCUUUUCGACUUAAACGUUACGGCCUAAAUUGA